UAAAAGGGUGAGAGAAACAGUAGAAAGGGUGAGAGAGAGAGAGAGAGAGAGAUAAGAGAAAAACAAGGUUACCUGUAAAACCCAGGCAACUUUGGCUCUAUCUAUGGAACUAUAUGUUAAGAAACAGACCUGGCCUUUCCUUUGUUGCCGACUUACCCUGCCAUCUCUACUCUCUCCUUCUCUUUGGACUUUCCCCUUUUUCUUCCCCUAUAUAUACACACACACACACACAUAUACAGACAGACACACAAACACACCCUUUCUUUCUGUUAAUCAUCAUAUCCCAUAUCGGUAUUCAGAAUAUGCAUGUUGAAGUUCCUGAUUAAUUGAUCAACACGUGUCCAUUUCUGGCUUGCCCACGUCAUACCAGAACCUGUCUCUACGUUUUUCACUCUACUUUCAUCUUCUUCUCCGAUGGCUGGCUGGUCAAAAAAAGCAGAGACGGAGAAUUGCCGUUAGAGCGUAGUACCGGUAAUAGCUUCAGAAUAGCAGGAUAUGGCGAUAGCAAAUCCAGAAGGCAGCACCCAGGUAGAUUCAUCAGAAGGUACCUUCCCUUUCCCUUCUAUAACCAUCCGCGAGCUCCCUCACCUCACCGACUACCUCCCCGGUCUCGAAGCUAGCACCAAUCCUCUCGACGCCAACUCUUUUUUCCGGCCAUCGGACGGCUUCUACAUCACUCCUUUUGACGUCAUCCUCCGGCAAAUCGUCUACGAUCUCUCCGGCACCCACUCUUCUCCCUCUCCUCACUUUGCCUACCACAGAGCUGGCCCUCGCCGGCGAGUUUUCUUCGAACCCUCCGCUGUCAAAGCCGCCAUUGUCACCUGCGGCGGACUCUGUCCCGGAAUGAACACGGUCAUCAGAGAAUUGGUGGUGGGACUCUGGGAGCUCUACGGUGUUCGUCAUAUUUACGGGAUCACAGCUGGUUACAGGGGAUUUUACUCCACCGACCGUGUCGAACUUAAUCCCAAGAUUCUCCAUGACUUGCAUAAGAGGGGCGGGACUGUGCUUGAAACCUCCAGGGGAGGGUUUGAUCUGGUCAAGAUUGUUGAUGCAAUUGAGCGUCAAGGUUAUAAUCAGGUUUACAUCAUAGGCGGGGAUGGAACAAUGCGAGGUGCAGUCAAGAUAUUCGAAGAAAUUCGCCGCAGAAAACUCAACAUUGGAGUUGCUGGAAUUCCCAAAACCGUAGAUAACGAUGUGGGGAUCAUCGAUAGAUCAUUUGGGUUUCAAACUGCGGUAGAAAUGGCACAGCAAGCAAUCAAUGCAGCUCAUGUGGAAGCAGAAAGUGCAGUCAAUGGAAUCGGCCUGGUAAAGCUAAUGGGUCGAAGCACCGGCCACAUAGCUCUUUAUGCAACAUUAAGCAACCGUGAUGUUGAUUGCUGCUUAAUCCCUGAAAAUAAAUUCUACCUAGAAGGAAAAGGAGGGCUCUUUGAGUUUCUCGAACAGCGACUGAAACUCAACGGACAUGCCGUAUUAGUCGUUGCAGAGGGUGCAGGACAAGACAUGAUUCCUAGAACUGAAGCACAGAAGGAAGAAAGGGAUGAAUCAGGGAACCCUGUGUUUUUAGACGUUGGUGCUUGGUUGAAGUCAGAGCUUAAGACAUGGUGGGCUAGAGAACAUCCAGGUGAGUUAUUUACAGUAAAGUAUAUAGAUCCAACGUAUAUGAUCCGUGCAGUGCCUGCAAAUUCUACAGAUAGUUUAUACUGUACGCUCGUGGCACACUCUUCAAUUCAUGGAGUUAUGGCUGGAUAUACUGGAUUUGUGUCUGGUCCUAUUAAUGGAAACUAUGGAUAUAUUCCAGUAGAGGAAGUUGCAGAGGCUAAAAAUGAAGUUAAUACAAGGGAUCAUAAAUGGGCGUGGGUGAGAUCUGUCACUAACCAGCCUGAUUUUGGUGAUAGCUGAUAAAAUCAUGAAAGGAUUCACGGAGGUUUUCCUUGUUUUCUUAGUGCCCAUUUUUGGGUUGUAUCAUAUAUAAUCCCUGGCUUGUCUUGUGGGCUGUAAUGAGCUCCAAAGCUGGAAGAACAUAUAGAUUUACCCACAAGUUAUAUAUUAUAUGGUGGUUCUCUUGCCACUAGUUUCUUCAACU